AUGCACCCUCCUCGUAUAACUACCUUAUCUCUACAUCCACCCAAUAAAUCUACCCGGGCCACCUCAACUCUCCGCACACGCCACACGCGAUGCCUGUCAACGCAUACGACAUGGAAGCGACCACAACCCCAACCACAAUACCUCGCACAAAAGUCCCAACAUUCACGCUGCCAACUGCGUUAUCCUCGACAAUUAAAAUUCCACUUCUCAACAACAAAUGCCUCUAAAGCUCAAGAACCAAACUUCUACAAGACACUUGAGCUCCCUCCCACCGCAACAGCUCAGGAAAUCAAAAAGUAA